AUGACGGGGUCCACGCCCAGCCUCCGCGCCCUGAUUCCCGAAGCCACCUAUCCGCAUCUUUCGAGCCAAACCCCCGGCGCUUACCCGGACCCGACGGCCCAAGCACUGACUCCCAGGCAAGAGUCCCCCUUCCUGGUCCCCAAGGAACUGACACUAAGGCGGACGUUCCCUCUACGACAGUCAGCAGGUCCCAGGAGCGCAGCACGCAACAGCGCAGCGCAGACCCAGAAUUUUCUCUGGGUGAGACCCGGAGGCCCGCGCUCUGGACCGUCCUCCCUACCCAGCCUGGAGGCUGGCGUUCCCCGGCCCACCCAGAGACCUCCCUCCCUCCCUCCUGGGUCGCCGCGCGCCCCAGUUGGAGCAGCCUCGGGGGCUGGGCUCUUUCGCCGGACUCCCUUCUCCCGGACAUCCAAAACAGGUUACCUUGUCCACGCUCUCCAGACCACGCUUUGGACUUGCUCACUUUUAUUUAAGAGUCCGACGGGGGAAAGAGGGAAAAAAAAAAUCCAGAGGAGAUCCAAGUCAAUUGGAAGAAAAAAUUUCAAAAGGGUGUCCACAGAGGCGGAAAAAGCCCAGGCUCUACCGACCUUCAAACUACAGCAGAGCUUUCAGGAGAAUGCGGAGACUGCUUCCCACCCGGACCUCACCAGCAACCCGCACACCCCAGCCACAGUGCUCCUCUUUCAGGCAGAAAGGACUCCAACUCCACCACCAGGAGGCCCCCUUCCUGGUGCUGGGCAGUUGCAGAGGCUGUUCAUGGCAUUCCACAGGUGGCGACUGCCCCCCACCCUCCUCCUAGCACUUUAGAGGGUACCUCUGUGACAGACACUAUGGCUAGGUUUCUCUUUCCAACUUCUGUUGGUCUGACAAGCGACAGAUCAUCUUCACUACAUUAGUCAGUAGUCACCCGAACAUCCUUAUACUGUCCCCUAAUUCCUUUCAGCAUCAGCUGCCUCCCCCAUUGGAAGUGUUCAAUAUGGAACUAGAUUAAAAGGAAGACUUGCCCCUUAGUUUU